GAGAAGGAAAGGCUGGCAUGCAGCGGUUGUGUUUGUCGUCAGGUCAGAGGGAAAUACACCCUAUCAGAGCUAUGAUGUGUGUCAUCCAUCCUGUAGCCAGGUGGGCACAAACACCACCACCAGACAUAGUCUACCCCCCCUCGCUAGGCUGCGAAUCGGCUCUCCCAUCAGUCCCUGAGAGACAGUGCGCGCAUGCCCACGCCCUCCACAAUCUCCAUCAGAAACACGCGUCCCCACCCCGAGAACGAUUGCGCUGCAGAAUCAACCGGAGCUCAAUUGCAGCAGGAAAGAAGAUCCAUCCAUCAACGGAAUCUGCUCCCCAUCCCUCGCGUCUGCUUUAAAUAAUCUUUUCCCCUCCCCGCUUCUCUCUCUCUCUCUCUCUCCUCCUCACCCACUCGCUCUCUCAUUCGAUCCUUCAUUCUUCUCUUCCCCUACAACAACAUUCAUAAAGCACAAUGUCGAUUCUGAACGUCUAUGUGACCAGCGAGAACAACUCGACCGAGCUGAGGCUGUCCAAGGCCUCGACCAUUGACAACAUCAAGAUCAAGCUUGAACCCAUCACUGGUAUCAGUUCCUCAUCCCAGCAGUUGCAGCUCUACAACAACGACAUGUUUGUCACAUCGCUCGAGGGUCACCCUCCAGAGACCAUGCUUGGCGCGUUCCCCAUUGAGGACUAUUGGACCAUCCAGGUCAUUGACACGAACCCCUCGCGCAUCAAGGGCCAAUACAACGACGUGUCGCUCGUGCAAAAGUUCGAGCUGCCUGACGAGGAAUAUGAAAAGCGAACAGACUCUGUCCUUGCGUUCAAGAAGCGGAACAAUCUUGGUCGAUUCAACGACGCUGCCUCAGAUAGUUCGUCUGCCUCUGCCACUCAGAACCAUGUCUACGAAGAGGCGGUCAAGAACAUCAAGACCGGCGAUCGAUGCGAGGUCGAUGUUGGAAGCGGUAUCCUCAAGCGCAGGGGCACUGUUCGAUUCAUUGGCACAACCGAGUUCCAAUCAGGUCUUUGGGUGGGAGUGCAGUACGAUGAGCCUUUGGGCAAGAAUGAUGGCAGCGUACAGGGCGUCCGCUAUUUCACCUGCCCCGCCAACUACGGAUCGUUUGUACGCCCAGACAAGGUUCAAACGGGUGAUUUUCCCGAAGAGGACCUAUUCUCUGAUGAGGACAUGUAAAGACCCACUAACGAUAGUUAGAUUGUACGUGAUAAAAAAACGCUCUCCCAAUACAAAUGCUAUCCUUCCCCGACUCUAUAACGUUCACUGAGGACUCCUGAGUUCAGAUGGCAGGGCUUUACAGCGCGUUUCCAUCAUUUGU